UUUCUCCAACGCACUCAGUCGAAAAACGCGAUCCGGUAAUGAACGUAAGAACGCUCCGGGGAAUGCAUUAGAUCAUAGUCGGUGACACUACGACUGCGGUGGCCGAAAGAGAGACGGAAACAAAGAGAGUCUCAGUGCGCGAGUGGGAGAGACAGACAGACUGUGUUUGUGUGUGCGUGUGUGAGCAAAGGAAGGAAGUAGAGUCCCAGAAGCACAAGGGAUUUCCAUAUAAUUAUAUCUACAUGUGAUUUGUGGCAGAAAAACGCUCAUUAUGCAGAAUAUGUGGAUAAUAUUUCUGAUUAUUGGGCUGGUGGUGCUGGGCCUACUGAUUCUGCUUGUUAUGGCAGCGCGUUAUCAGCGUGACUAUUGGCGCUAUCUGAACAUUCCCCACGAAAGGCCGAAAAAGCUAUGGCCCAUCGUUAGGCAAAUAGUGACACAGACUCUCAGUACCGAGGCGAUGAAGACGGCUCAUUACUCGGCACUCUACACCAAGUUCAAGGGCGGCGGACCGUUUUGCGGCUUCUACGCACUACUACAGCCGCGGGCUCUGAUCCUGGACCGCGAACUGAUCAGGCAGAUAAUGAUCAAGGACUUCUGGAACUUCAAUGACCGCGGAAUGUACUGCAAUCAGAAAACGGAUCCGCUUUCGGGUGAUCUGUACGCCAUGCGAGGACAGAGUUGGAAGGAGAUGCGACAGAAGCUGGACCCCAGCCUGGAGAGCGAUCGCAUGGCCUGGCUGUAUGGCGGUCUGUACGAAGAGGCGGCACAUCUGCUGCUCACCGUCACCUCUACGCUAAUGAAGCAACCGCACUCCACGCUCCACAUACAGAAACUAAUGCGACAAUAUGUCCUCUCGGCCCUGGCCAGGUGCGUCUUUGGCCUGGAUGCCGAGCAACGACUAAAGUAUCCCCUGGAGGACUUUGAGAAAAUGACAGAGAUGGCCGUGAGUAGUCACAAGCAUGGCUAUUUGAUGAAUCUGAUGAUGAUCCGCUUCCCGAACUUCUGUCGCAUUCUGCGCAUGCGUCGUACACCCAAGCAGGCGGAGACCUACUUCCUCAAUUUACUCUCGGACAUUGUGGAUCAGCGCGAGGCUUCCGGCGUUCGCCAUCAGGAUUACCUGCAGCUGCUGGUGGAGAUCAAGGCACUGGAGCAAAUCACCCAUCAGUAUGAGGCGGACAAGGAGCUGAAGACGCAUCUGCAGAACGAACUGGCUGCCCAUGCUGUCGUUUUCCUGAAGGCUGGCUACGAGCAAACGGCCAAUACCUUGUCCUACAUCCUCUACGAGCUGGCACUCCACACAGACGUGCAGGCCAGGGUGCGGGAAGAGAUCAAGAAGGCCAUGGAGCGGCAUGACAACAAUCUGAACUAUGAGUGCGUCCAAUCGUUGGCAUACCUGGGCCAGGUCAUCAACGAGACGCUCCGGAUGCAUCCCAUCACGCCGUACAUACUCCGCCGCACCCUCACCGACUACCAAGUGCCCGAUCAUCCCAACUAUAUACUGGUCAAGGAGCUGUUCCUCAUCAUACCCACACAUGCCAUACACCACGAUCCGGACAUCUAUCCAGAGCCCGAUGAAUUCAAGCCGGAUCGAUGGGGUGGCCCGAGGGACUCGUUGCAGGAGCAGGGCACCUGGUUCGGCUUUGGCGUGGGCGCCCGCUGCUGCAUUGGCAUACAGUUUGCCCAGCUGCAGCUGCGCCUGGCCCUCGCCCUGCUGCUCAUGGAGUACGAAUUUACGCUAAACUCGCGAAAGCCGCUGGUCAGCCUGGAGGAUGGCAUUGCACUGCAGCUGACGCCAUUGGGGAUCAUCGAGCCAGGCAACGAGGAGCGGGCUAUCUGAGGGAAAUUAGUUGUAAAUUUAGAAAGUAGGGAUACAGAAUUUAAACCAUGAACAAAGUAUAGAAAGCAAUUUAAAACGAAAAAUGUCUAGGUAUAAAGUGUGGAGGACUAGAGAGACACAAAAAAUGGCAUUCUUACUUAAUAUACUCGUCUGUGCAUUGUUUUAUGUAAUUCAUUUAUUUAUUUUCGAAAGAGCAAAUAGUUUGCUUUAAAAUAUGUAACUUUGCCGUCUUACAGUAGUACUUGGUAGAAGUAUAAUUGAUUUAUUAAAAUAUUUGUCCUUUUGAUUCGUAUUUACUCGCAAUUAUUGUUAGGUAAAUAUCGUUUUGUUGCAUUGUCGUUUGCCGAUAUGGUUGGUUGGUUGGUUGGUUUGUGUGGUGUGCAGAGUUGAGCUUAUUAGCGUAGCGUAUAUUAAAGACAUUGUUUAAAAAUAGCUGGCUGCUUUCGUUGGUUAAUCGAAAUUAGAGUUACGGCUAGAGGCCGUUUUACGUGUUAGCACUAAAAUUAAUACAAAUUAAUAGUAAAUACGCGAAACUAAAGUCUAGUUAUAAGUCUAAGUUAAGUUUCAUUUCCGUUUUCUGUAAGUUUCGAUAUGGAAUGUGUUUUGCUUUGCCACUUCUACGUUUUGUCCGGGCAGCUCUACAAAAAUGCUAAUUAAAUCGCUAUACACUAA